AUGAAAACCUCGACUGAUAAAGAAAAGGACGUUGAACUCUACGAUUUUAUUACCAUUCUUAAGAAACUGAAACCCAUAGAUUAUGCAUGCUACAAAUACACACACGACCUAGAAACUAUUCCAUCCAUCUGUAAUGAAAAUGAGACGGACGCUAACUGCCCCGAUCAUAUUCCCACUCUACCAGACACAAUUGCUCAUUUAAAAUUACUCAAAGCAUUAGGCAAAUUGAAAAGACAAGUUAUGGAGGAAAAUCCAGAUUCUGAUCAUAUUAAAAUUUGGAAAGUUUAUGUUACAAACGCAGUAAGGAGAUUUAUAAUUUUUAUCUCAUCUUUAAAAAAGUAUCUUAAUUCUGAUGUCAACAACCAUGUUGAUGAGAAUACAAUUUUCUAUACCUCUGGGAAUUCACAGACAACUACAUUAUUGGAUCAAUUAUUGCCACCAUUAGAUGUGAUUAUGGUUUGGCAUUCAUUCUUAUUAAGUCCAAGAAGCUUCUACGAUAACUGCGUCAGAAAUGAUAUAUUGUCCUUUGGGAUGUUCCCUUUACCAUUAAAGAAAAUAAGUGAAUCCAUUGAAAAUGCAACCUUUGAGUAUUGUCCAAGCAAAAAUCUCAAAGACAGAUAUUUAGAAAUUAUUCGUAGUUUCACAUCUGAUUCUGAGGAUUUGGCAUACGAUAACGACAAUAUCUCUAUGUUUGAACAGUCAUUGUCUAUUACAUGUCCUUGCUGUGAGGAAACAAUUUUAACAGAUGUCCCUUACACCAAUGAAGCUUCAACUGGAUUUUCUGAUAAGAAAUUUAGUCAGAAGAUAAACUAUACGAAAUGCAAAUGCAAAUUCAAUGAAUUAAUUUCUCAUGAAGAAUUAAGGAAACGACAAUUAUAUUCUGACAUGACCAAUAAUAAACCACUUCCUGGGUUGUUUAAAUUUUUCUCAACUGUUAUCUCAGACAAGUACCUCAGACAAGGAGAUACAAGCAAACUAAAAGAAUAUAUAAAUUCAGAAUUUAGAGAAUUGGGAUUAGAAGGUGUUCGCUCGCGUUCCCUCGAAGAUAUUAUCGACUAUACUUCAAAAAAUAUCAGUUAUGGAGAUAGAAUGAGGACUUUACUUGAACUUUAUCAGAAUAUGAAUUUGAUUGAUUUAUCAGUCCAUGGCCGAUUGUCCAUUUGGGAAGAUCUAGUUGACCGCGUUGAAAGACAAUACAAAUUUACUUCAAAAAUGAACGAAAUCAAUUGGCUCCAUUCACCUCAUAUUGAAAUAGGUUUAACAGAGUCGACAGUCCGCUACUGUAGAUUUUUCGAAUUACUAUCAAAAUACGGAGACCAGUUUCAGCUAAUACCUACAUUGGAUAUUGAUCUUAUUUGGCAUACACAUCAACUUUCAAUGCAUUAUUAUUUCAGUGAUUGCCUCAAUUGUGAAAAAGGAUGCGUAAUUGACCAUGAUGAAAAGAUAGAACUAACAAAACUUGAUGAAUAUUUUGAUCGAACUGACAGCUUAUAUAAGGAGAGAUACGGCGAGGAGUAUUCAAUCUGUCACUGUUGGAACCAUUUACGUGAUACAGCUUACUCACCGACAAAAAAAUCAAAGGGAAACAAGAAAUUUAGAAUAGAAAAGAGGAGACCGAAGCAAUCUUAUUCUAGCUUGGGAAUUACAAAUAUCAGUAUCCAUGAUACUGGUUGUAUCCCGAGCACCUAA